GUGUUACAGAACGAACAUUUACUUCCCGGUUCAAGAGACAAGCAGCAGCAAAUAACUGUCUGAGGUCAUACUUUUGUCCAGCUGACUUGAAACGGGUGUUUAUAUAUCCGGACUGGAUUAACAGAGACUGUGACAGCUAUAUAGUCUGUGUAGCUGGCAAACUGUUGGUGUCAUCAUGCAAACGAGAUAACUACACGUUUUACAACCCUAUUCGUCUUAGCUGUGAAGAUAUUCCUUCUCCCACAAACAUGUGUGUUCAAAGGCUAAACACAGUUUUAAGUUCCUAA